AUGAGUCGCCAGAUCGUCGUUGCAUCAUGCUCGCUUGCUCAGUGGGCUCUGGAUUGGGAGGGCAAUUCUACCCGUAUCAAGCAGAGCAUCCGCGAAGCGAAAGCCAAGGGUGCUACAUUGCGCGCUGGACCAGAACUGGAAAUCUGUGGGUACGGCUGUCAUGAUCACUUCUACGAGGACGAACUAUACGCCAAUUGCUGGGAAGCACUCAUUGGUAUCCUCACGGAUGAGUGUUGCGACAACAUGCUGGUGGACAUUGACUUCAUUGCGGACAUGCAGGGCACCAGCGUGGUUCCUUUCGGCAGUGCUCUGCUCUCCACCUCAGGCGCGUGUGUUGGCGCCAUUACAUCCGACGAGUUGAUUGGACUCGAAGAUUUGCUUCCGACAGCCUUGAGCUCGACAAGCGCUGAUAUCCUGACGGUCUCUGCAGCCAAUCACUUCAGUGUCGGGAACUUCGACUCCUUGGUAUCUUCACUGCAGAAUGUCAGCAAAGACAUUGGUGGAGUCAUCCUCUACUCGAAUCAGCAUGGCUGCGAUGGCGAUCAAAGCUACUACGACGGUGGCCCGAUGAUCUUGGUGAACGGAGAAAUAGUUUCUCAAGGCCCAAGGUUCUCGGUCCAUGAUAUCGAGGUGGUAACCGCCGUCGUCGAUCUGGAAGAGGUUGAAUCGUAUCGGGCGAAACAAGCAGUCUCGGAGCCCCUCGAUGACCUGACUACGCCCUGUGUAGACGUGGAAUGUAGUUUGUAUCGUUUUGAGCUUGCCAGCCUCCGCCCGGAUCACCACCACCCGAUUGCUCGGGGCCCAAGCUUCCACACAUUGGAAGAAGAGAUCGCCAUGGGACCUGCCUGUUAUCUCUGGCGCAUCACAGGAUCCAACGAUUGGCUGCCCAAGACACCUCAAGAGCUUUGCAACCGCAUCCUGCACACUGUGUACAUGGGCAUGUCAGAAUGCUCGUCCGAAGAGACACGUUCACGAGCUCAGCGUCUGGCAGACGGCAUGGGCGCCCACCACAUCAGCAUGUCCAUCGAUACCGUAUACCGAGCCGAGCGAGAUCUACUCCCUCAGUACACAGGCUUCACACCCGAUUUCCGAGGCUCUUCAGCGGAGAACCUAGCACUCCAAAACCUGCAAGCACGUAUCCGCUCAACCACAGCCUACUAUCUCGCCCGCACUCUGCCCGUCAUCCGCAGCUGCCCCGGCGGAGGCGGCCUUCUCGUUCUGAGCUCCGUUAACGUGGAAGAGUCCCUCAGGGGCAACUUAACAAAGCACGAUUGCAGCUCCGCAGACCUCAGCCCCAUCGGCAGUAUCUCCAAGAUCCAACUCCGAUCCUUCAUCCGCUGGGCACGUACCGCUUUCACCCUACCAAUCUUAGACGAGUUCCUCGACGCAAUUCCCCGCGCUGAACUCGAGCCCGCUAGUUUCGGUUCAUGCGACGACAAGGAAAACGGCAUGACGCACCAAGAGCUUUUCGUCUUUGCCAAGCUGCGCAGUGAAGAGCGACUGGGGCCGUUCGACAUGUUCCAGCGUCUGCUGUGUGACUGGCAGGACAGGAAGAGUGCAAGGGAAGUCGGCGAUCUGGUAAAGCGGUUCUGGACUUUCUACGGCAACAACAGGCAUAAGAUGGCGGCUGUGACUCCAGCGGUUCACGCAGCGGGAUAUAGUCCUGAUAACAGGUUCGAUCAAAGACCCAUGUUGUAUCCACGGUUUGAGCAUAGUUGGGCGUUCAAGCGGAUCGAUGGGGUGGUAGAUGAGCUGGAGCGUAGAGUCAAGAUGGAAGAAGAUGAGGAGAUACGUUUUGGGGAAGUGGGGUUUGAAGAGGAACCGCGCGUAAAGGCAAGGCUGUAG